AUGGUGUUCAUGGGCCUCACCAACCCUUUCCACAAGACGUCUGUGGACGACUACAAGGGCGUUGUCGUCCCGCUGUCGCAAGCCAUCCGCCACCCCACAGUAGCAGCCGAAUAUGCACGCCGGAAUUCGGGUCGGCCAUCCCUCUCAGAUGGCUCGUCCCAUGUGGACGAUGCUAAAAAGGACAAUGAUCGUGCCUCGAAGGACAAUGACGAUGGCGUGAUGACAAGUAACAGCUUAGGCUACAGUCCAUAUACCAUCGAAGGGCUCCGUGCAGAGAUAAGCGAUGAUAUGGCCCUCGUCACCUCCGCAGAAGGGGGAGACUCCCAGUAUCAAUACGAAGUAAAGAGUAGACUUAUCAACAAGGCUAUCCAAGAUAUUGGCAUGGGCAGAUACAAUUGGCAAUUAUUCGCCCUCUGUGGCUUUGGAUGGUUUGCCGACAAUCUUUGGCUCCAAGGAGUCGCUCUGACGCUCCCGUCGCUCUCCAAAGAGUUCGGCAUCAGCGACACCCACGUGAGAUACACAACAUGCUCUCUCUUCAUCGGUCUCUGCAUUGGUGCGAGUUUCUGGGGCAUCGGCUCUGACAUCAUGGGCCGCCGUCUCGCAUUCAACAUGACUCUCUUCAUUGCAGGCGCCUUCGGUAUCGCUGCUGGAGCCGCCCCGAGCUGGAUCGGUGCCUGUGGUCUUUUCGCUGCUCUGGGCGUCGGCGUUGGAGGGAACCUGCCGGUUGAUGGUGCACUCUUCCUCGAAUUCCUACCGAAUGCAUCAGGUGGCCUUUUGACCCUCCUUUCCAUUUGGUGGCCAAUCGGUCAACUUGUAGCUUCACUGAUUGCCUGGGCAUUCUUGGGCGGCCGCUUCUCUAACGAUGACGGCUGGAGGUAUUUCGUCUACACACUGGGCACAAUCACCUUCUGCAUGUUCCUCGCCCGGUUCGCCCUGUUCCAUCUGUUUGAGUCGCCUAAAUUCCUCCUCUCUCGUGGCCGUCAGGCCGAGGCUGUAGCCGUGGUUCACGGAAUGGCCUUCAAGAAUCGGACGACAACUUGGUUAUCGGAGAAGAUCCUCAACGAGAUCGGCGGCGACCUAGUCGUAGAAACCCUCACGCUCACUCCCUUCGAAGUCGUCAAGAGAAAGCUGGCGUCGUUCUCUGGUGAGCGUAUCGGGCCCCUUUUCCGCGAUAAAAAGCUGGGAUGGACUACUGGUCUUCUCUGGUUCUGUUGGGCGACCAUGGGAAUGGGCUACCCUCUCUUCAACGCUUUCCUGCCUCAGUACCUGUCGAAAGGUAAAGGCUCUUCUGGAGGAGCAGUUACUGCCAAUGAGACUUAUCGCAAUUACGCCAUCACAUCCAUCGUCGGUGUCCCCGGUUCAAUACUUGCCUGUUACACUGUUGACAUCCCUUAUAUCGGCCGCAAGGGAACCAUGGCCAUAUCUACCUGCCUAUCCGGAGUUUUCCUCUUCCUCUUCACUAUCUCUGCGGAAUCCAAGACCCAGCUCGCUUUCUCAUCCGUCGAGGCAUUCUUCCAGAACAUCAUGUAUGGUGUCUUGUACGCUUACACACCAGAGGUCUUCCCUGCGCCCAACAGAGGCACUGCUACCGGUAUUUCCAGCUUUUUGAAUCGUUUUGCCGGAUUAUGUGCCCCGAUCAUCGCUGCCAACAUCCCCAGUGCGAACCCAAAUGCACCUGUCUUCGUCAGUGGUACUUUGAUUUUGGGGGCUUUCGUUGCGAUGUGCUUCUUACCUAUUGAAACAAGAGGCAUGCAGAAAUUGUAG